AUGGUGCUGGAGCCUUCACCUCCACCGCUAAUAGCAACAGCGACACCGUCUCUUCCAUCCAGUUUGAAAAGAUCUGUUGCCACCGAUGACCAGAGCAAUAAUGGCGGGACCAGAAAGAGGAAACUGGCGUGUCAGAACUGUCGUCGUAGAAGAAGAAAAUGUAACAUGGAGAAGCCUUGCGCAAACUGUAUCAAGUUCGGUACCGAUUGUGUAUUUGCUCAACAAGACUUGAGAAACAAAAGAUACUCCACGACGUAUGUCGAGGCCUUACAGAGCCAAAUUAGCACUCUAAAAGAGCAGUUACAAAUGCUAAAGUCUUCAACUCCCACUAUAGCCAACGACUCCCUGUCUCCACUGAAAGAUGACGACGACGGCGACGGCGACGGCGACGAUGACGGUGAUGAUAUCUCCAAUGAGAAAAUUUUAAAGUAUGGUCAAUCACCUUCACCAGCAUUAACGUCCUCUGAGAGCACCGGCGAAAACGAAUCCGAUACGUUUACCAAGAAACUGCCCUCAGAAAGUCCUCCACCCGUCGGUACAAACAGUAUAUAUCCAUCAAAUUCACUGUCCAUAACAAAGAAAAAGACAGAUGGCACGAGGUACCAGCAACAACAGGUCAGCUUGAAAAAUUUAUCAAGAAGCCCGCUCAUCUUGAGGUCAUUAUCGCUGUUUUUCAAGUGGUUGUACCCAGGUCACUACCUUUUCAUUCAUAGGGAAACUUUCCUAAGUGCUUUUUUCGGUGAUACAAACACUAAGAGUUACUAUUGCUCUGAAGAAUUGGUAUUUGCCAUUGCUGCGUUGGGGUCUUUAAUCUCUUACAAAUCGGAAACUGAACUUUUCCAACAAUCUGAAGUAUUUUAUCAAAGAGCCAAGACAAUAGUAUUGAAAAAAAUCUUUCAACUCGAAGAUUCUUCGUUAGCUGAAUCCUCAUCUUCUUCCAAAUUGGCAAUCAUCCAGACUCUACUAUGUUUGGCGUUCUACGACAUUGGAGGCGGUGAAAACCCCAUGGCUUGGUAUCUUUCUGGGUUAGCAUUUAGGAUUGCUCAUGAAAUCGGCCUGCAUUUGAAUCCAGAAGCAUGGAGCAAUGUUUAUGAGGAUGAAUUAUCAAUAAUGGAUUUUGAAGUGAGAAGUAGAAUAUAUUGGGGCUGUUACAUCGCAGAUCAUUUGAUAGCCAUUUUAUUUGGAAGAUCAACUUCUCUACGUUUGUCCAAUUCUACUGUUCCAGAAACAGAUGAAUUGCCUGAAAUCGAGACUGGUAUCGAAGAGUAUAUAUAUGAUCCAAAAGUUAUAUUGUCUACAGCAAACCCUUUGAAAAAACUGAUUGUGCUGUCAAGAAUAACUGAAAUUUUUGCAUCCAAGAUUUUCAGUCCCAACGAAACUUUACUUCAGAGAAGCGAGUACUUAUCUAAAUUCAACCUCGAAGUUUACAAUUGGAGAAGGGAUUUACCAAUUGAACUGCAAUGGACCAAGAGAUCAUUAAUGGGAAUGUCUGAUUUCAAUCCCACCAUUGCUUAUGUUUGGUUUCAUUACUAUAUCGUAUUGAUAUCCUAUAACAAACCUUUCAUAUACGAAAUCGAACAGAGUAGAGAAUUAGUGGAAGGAUAUGUUGAUGAAUUGUACUACCUCUUGAAAGUUUGGAAAAAUAAGUUCAAGACUUUUGAGAAAGCUACGAUUUACAUGAUUUAUUCUGCGAUUUUAGCCAUCCAAUGCAUGAAGUCGAACCUGAUUAAGAAGGACAGAAAACAAGACUUUUUGAACUUCUUAGACGCACCUACAUUGAACUAUGAACUCGCCAGAAAAUUCAUUGAAAACUCCGAAGACACUUUGCAUAAUUCUGAAACAAUGGAUUUAUUGGGUACCUUAUCUCACGGUAAUGAUUUUGCAUUAGAAUAUAAUUUUGACUUCACCUUACUGAAUGAAAUUGAUAUGUUAAUCGGUGGGAACACCAACGACGGUGUCACCAAAUAA